UGACGCUGUCCGAUACCGUGCAGUCAUUGAAAAGUUACAUAGUUGGAGGCGGAGCCUUGGAGGAAGCAUUCAGUUGGAAGCGCCAUUUCUUUCUGUUAACGAGAGAGUAGAAGAUCCUAAACAUUUUGAUUGCUUGGAUUGUGUAGGAGCUGCAAUCCCUAUGGAUAAGAACGUGCUAGCGGGACUCGAUGGUCUACCCGAGGAAGACAAGGUCCGAAUGGCAACCAUGAUUGACCAGCUACAGAUGCGCGACAGUCUGAGGAUGUAUAAUUCAGUCGUGGAGAGAUGUUUCAAUGACUGUGUGGACAACUUUUCACGUAAAUCUCUCCAAAAGCAAGAGGAGACAUGUGUGAUGCGAUGUGCUGAAAAGUUCUUGAAGCAUUCGAUGCGCGUAGGCAUGAGGUUUGCAGAGCUCAACCAAGGCGCAGCUACGCAAGAUUAGUGAGUGGACACAACAUUGGGAUGCCAUACAUCAUUUUGUUUCACUGUAGAAUUUGCUUAUGGGCAAAUACAGGUUAUCACCUUCUUUUUAUUUUCUGUUCUUUAUUUUGCCCUGAUUUUUAUCAAGAAGGAUACUGUUGAUCUUUCUUUUUUUUUUUUUUAAUUUUCUGGAGAACUUGAAUUUGGCAUGUUACGUUCUUCACUUGGUUUAAUAAGAGUUGCACAAGGUUUGGUGA